AGAAGCUGCUUCCGGGUGAGCCCGCCCCACCCCCACGUGGGCUUACUUAGAACCGCGGCGGCGAGCUCCCGGUCAGCAGCGCGCUCAGGCUCUCCGCGGCGGCUCCUGAACUCCUGCGGAGCCCCAGUCAUGCAGCCAGAGUCCUUGCUUCACAGCGGCUACUUCCACCCCCUGUUGAGAAACUGGCAGACAGCAGCCAGUACCUUUGAUGCCUCCAAUCUCAUCUACCCCAUCUUUGUCACGGACAUACCUGAUGCUGUGCAACCAAUCGACAGCCUUCCUGGCAUUGCCAGGUAUGGUGUGAAUAAACUGGAAGAGAUGCUUAAGCCCUUAGUAGCCAAGGGCCUACAAAGUGUCCUGAUCUUUGGGGUACCCAGCAAAGUCACCAAGGAUGAGUUGGGCUCAGGAGCUGACACAGAAGACACCCCAGCCAUUCAAGCAAUCCGUCUGCUGCGCAAGGUGUUUCCCAGGCUACUGGUGGCCUGUGAUGUAUGCCUGUGUCCCUACACCUCACACGGUCACUGUGGGCUCCUGAGGGAGGAUGGCUCGUUGCGGGCUGAGGACAGCAGCAGAAGGUUGGCAGAAAUUGCUCUAGCCUAUGCCAAGGCAGGCUGCCAGGUGGUGGCUCCAUCAGACAUGAUGGAUGGGCGAAUUGCUGCUAUCAAAGAGGCAUUGAUUACCCAUGGGCUGGCAACAAGGGUAUCAGUGAUGAGCUAUAGUGCCAAGUUUGCUUCUUGUUUCUAUGGUCCUUUCCGGGAUGCAGCACAUUCUAGCCCUGCUUUCGGUGACCGACGCUGUUAUCAACUGCCUCCUGGGGCUCGGGGCCUGGCCCUUCGAGCUGUGGAUCGAGAUGUUCGGGAGGGAGCAGAUAUCCUGAUGGUCAAGCCAGGGUUGCCAUACUUGGACAUUGUAAGAGAAGUGAAGAACAAGCACACUGUCCUGCCCCUUGCUGUGUAUCACGUUUCUGGGGAGUUCGCCAUGCUGUGGCAUGGGGCCAAAGCUGGGGCUUUUGACCUCAAGACCGCUGUGAUGGAGGCCAUGACAGCCUUCCGAAGAGCAGGUGCUGAUAUCAUCAUCACCUACUACACACCUCAGCUCUUACAAUGGCUAAAGGAGCCAUGAUGGACAGAUAGAGAGUACAAGAACUAAGAAUGUUUUUUAAAUGAAGAAAAACAAAAAAAAGAAGAUAAGCCAGAGGCCUUACAGAAGUGAAAACCAGAGUAAAAGGUGCUUCAAAAUUGUCCCUUCUCCCUUCUUCCUGCCCCCGCACCCAGGGCCCCUUGGACCUCCCUUCCUUCAUCGCUGGCAGCCCAUGGGAAGGCUUGGUGAGCACGCAGAGCCUUGAAGCCCUCAGCACCACUACCCCCUCCUUCUCAAGGCAGCUCUGCUCUUCAAGCCUCCUGCUUUUUGUGGUCUGUCGAGCAGACCCCUCACCUGGAAGCUCCUCUUCUCUGGGUGUUACUGUCACACUUUCUUUUAGAAAACCUCCAGGUUUUAUUUAGCUCCUCAAGUGUCCUGACCUACUGAGACCAGGGAGAUCCUGCCUUCUACUAGAAUCAUUUCAAGCCAACAGAAACCAUCCAGCAAUGAGUAAACAAGGAGCAGGGCCUUAGAAGAGUGACAUUGGCAUAGCAGAAUCUCUGAGAGUGAGGUGACAGUGCUGAUACCCAGUAGUGGAAAGAGUAUUAGACCUGGAGUUCAACGACCCUCAUCUGUGAUACUUGUACUGCUUGCCUCCCAGGAUCUUUGUGACAAAAGCACUUUCUAAAUGCUAUGAAAAUGUGAAUCAUUGGUAUUACCAUUAUUAUCUCCAGGGCUGAAGCUUAAGUCUAAAGUGAAGGUCUUGGACUGUUGUUGCUUUAUGUGAAGGGUCGAUUCUGUGAUUCUCUUACAGCCCAGUGCUGUUCUCUGUGCCUGGUGUCAUUGGUGUGACUGUCCCCUGCCUAUAAAAAUAAAAUGCUAGGAAGCAGGAUUAUGUUAGACACCAGAGUGAGUUGGUCCUGGUGAGUUGAGGAGGGAAAAUCAAAUACCACCCUAGUGUGUCAAAUUAGUCCAGCGUCCUGUUUUUAUCUGUCUGUCUGUAGCUCUGCUGCUUAUCUGAGUGAAAAUGUGAAAGUUUUCUCCUCUCUGGGCCUGAGUUUCUUCUGUAAAAUGAAGGAAUUGGAUUCGAUAUCCUCGAGUCUGGAGUCAGGGACCUGUGUUCAUAUUCUUCUGCUGAUGCUUAACAUCUCUCUGAGUAAAUCCCUUAGCCUCUUUGGGCCUCAGUUUCCUCAUCUGUAAAAUGAGGGGAUUAGAUGAUUUCUGAGGUCUUCUGCAGCCCCCAAGUGCAGUGGUCCACGAGCUGGCAGAUAAGAGCUUUUGCUGACAGACAAAAACAAAUUCAGUUCAAAUGACUCGGCAUCAUAGAUUUUUUGAAAACUAUUUUUGAAAGACCCCAGGGAUCAUCAGGAUGUUAAAAUAAAAUAAAGUUAUAUUUUUAAAAUCCAGCUUUAUUCAGUUCAAGGACAAGUAUGAUAUGUUUCUCAGCUCAAAUUUGUUUCAGUUUGAUUACAUUUUCUGCCCUGGAUCAAGCCUCCCAUGAUCAGCAGAUCUGGGGGGAGGGAAGGAAUAGGCCUGCAUACAGAUGGGAGCCCCUUUCUUUAUGUUUACACAGUACUUACUGCAGUUGCCUCACAGCAAACUUGUGAAGCAGGUAGUGCAGAUGCUGUAUUACACCUGUUUUAGAGGAAGAAACUUAAGGCUGAGGGGAAGUAAUUUUCCCAGUCACAGAGCCAGUCAGCAUUGGAGCUGGGGUGCAAACCUUAGGCUCUUUCCUCUAACUGUUCGUAGACAUUAUCUCAUGAAGUCAUUUCCCUUAUAUAAUUUGAUGUUCUUGCUCCCAUUUAUCAGAGGACACCUGGAGUUUGUUGUCUUUUAGGGUCACUUUUUUUUCCUCUUAGUGGAGUGGACUGUACUAAGAACCCAGCUCACUGUCCUACAUAUUCCAGUAAUCGAGUGGCUGAAGUCUAGCAUGGUCUGUGGUGGGGAGAGAGAAAAGCAUAUGGGAGGCUCUGACCCACAGCCUUGGCCAUAGCAGUAUAAUGUUCUGUCCAAGUAUUUUACCCAGACUGGAUAUUUAAACUGAGGGAGGUGGGACAUCAGCAUAAAAAGAUAACCAGCAGUAUCAGGGAUUGUAGGCUGGCUGCCCAGUGAGGGGUACAGUUCCAAAGUGUUGGAGGAUCCAGAGGUUACUUCAGCCUGGGGAGGUUAGGGAAGGCUUCAUAGAGAAGACAAGGAAUCUAGCCUAAUUUUAAAGGACAGGCAAGAUUUAGCUGAACCAAGAGGAGGAGAAAGAGGGAAAGCUUCCAACCCAUCACUGGUAUGAAUAAAGGAGGAAAGGAGCAAGGCCUAAAAAGGGAGCUGUGAGUUCAGAAGGGGUGGGGGGGGAUUAAUGGAAAGAAAAGAGUGGAUGGAUUCAAUGGAAUGAGAUCAAAGACAGCCUUCAGUAUUUGGCUGAGGAGUUUCAACUAUUCUUUAAGUAAUGGGGAGUCAUGGAAGGUUCACAAGCCAAGGAUGCUACAUGAGAUAAUGUUUGUAAAGUGCUUUGCCAACUUUGCACUCUGUAAGUGUCACUAAUGUUUAUGGGAAAGUCUGACAAUGGAGGGUUGUGGGAAUCCUACCUCUGCAGGGUUGUUGUGAGGCUGUAAUGAGAUCAUGUAUAGAAAAACUGCUUUGUAAAUCUUAAAAAGUGACAUGUAAAUGUAAACUUGUCAUCAUCAUUAUUGGACAGAAGAGAGCCCAAUCAAUAAAUAUGAAGUGCUUACUUCA